UUCCCUAACAUUUAGUCAUUUGCGCUUAUAUGAAGUUUUCCCUAAUGGCCAAUGUGUCAACGGGCUCAUACCGCGAAACGCAAAAUCCAUCAGUUCUUGUUUGGAAUUUCACAAACUUUUCCUUUGAUUUUUUGCUUAUGAAAAGUGAGAUCGCAUCAAAACACAGUUCUAGAUUGAAGUUGAAGCUUCUUUCUAAUGAUUGAAGUAAGAAAUUUGUGUAAUUAUGUGCCACACGGUCGAGAAGCAGUCAAGUUAAAACCACGUGUUUCAAAUGUCGAACAACGUGAUGGAAUAUUGUCAACGCAUUAUAAUGUUGAAAAGUCCAGUAAUAAGGUGCGUUUGUGCUUGUUUAUAUGUAUUGUAUGUUUGGCAUUGAACUGCGUAAUUCUCGUACCACCUAUUCCCGUAUGGGCAAAUCUGCAUUUCAGCAGGCUGGAAUGAUCUACAUUUGCUCAUAAUUUGGUAAUUUAUACCGCUUAGUACCAAUAAGACAAUAAACAGAACAAAUUACAGAGAAUCGCAGAAUUCGGGCAUAUAUAGUAAUUGUUGACAACAGACUAUACAAGCAGAAAUGGGAAAGUUGUUGUAUUUUGACUGUAAUUUAUCAAUUAAUCUAAUAUUUAUUUCAGCCUGAAUAUUGGCAUUUGACAAGAUGUGAAAAUAAUGGUGUUGAAGAUGAGGU